AUGUCUUUGAGAGACGCUCUAGAUAGUUCAGUGGAAACUACACCUCUCCGCGCACAAUCUAAUGCACCAAGGGAUGAGUCUAUUAUUGCAUCCCUGGAAGCAGAUACUAAUGAGGAAACCGAUGACAACGAAGAUAGCGUUAGUGAGGAUGAUGAUCUUCCCGUGGUGGUUCCAGAUAGACCUCCAGAAAAUCGCCUGCUACGUAAUACGCCAUUAAGCGAGUCAACACUAUUCAAUUCGCUAGAUAUCGAGAUAGCAGCGACAAACCUUUAUAACGCGAAGGAGGAUUUCAAAAAACUCAGCGCUAAACAACGUAUCAAGGUCACCGAGCACACUCUUCGUAAGGCCUGGAAGGAUAUUAGUAUUGUCAACACAUCUAAUAUCUAG